GCAGUUACGUCAUCAGUGGCGGAGAAGGGCUUCUGUCAAUACUACCGUUAGUGUUAUUCUUAACUGCAGGCUAGAAAGUGUUUGAUAUCAACAAGCCUUCAGAGCACGUCCUGUUUACACAGCGAGUGAGAACUGGAAAGUGGUGGUGCUCAUGAGCAGUCUGAGGAACGGAAUUAGAAUAAUUCAGCAGCUAUUCCAACAUACCGAGGCUCCGCAGAGAGGAAGAGACGGGAUGGACACUCUGGCUCAUGUAUCCAUCCAUCAGUGCGCAUAGUAGGCUAAUCACUUUCCAUUGCUGGACCUCCGGUGCCUGCCCUGUCAGCCUGCGCGAGGUCGUGAGACUACAACACCAGCUUCAGUAAGGCUGUGAACAGCCGUCGUACGCGUACACCGGAGGGUACGGGGGCAGCUGGGAAGGACGCUCAGUGGGGAGAGAGAAAGCGCCCGUCUGUCAGUGUUAUUCCCCAGUGUAGAUGCAAGACGAUGUGGAUGUAAGACGAGUAGUGGGAGACAAGGGGCACCUCUGCAAAACUCCCCGUUUUCCGCCUCCCAGCUGAACGCAUUUUACUGAAAUUCCCCUCUGGUUGCUGGUCUGAAGCAACCUCAUCCUCAGAGAGGAGCACCAUGAACCAGGAGGGGCAAGCUCUGCCCUCUCCCACCUCACCAGCAAAUCCAGCAGAUGUAGAUCAAGCCAUCUCCAUUGACCUAGUAGAAACACACAACCAGACAGAGCAGGACAAGGAGGGGGCAGGAGUUGUGAAUGAGGUAGAGGAACAAAAACAACAAGAAGAAGGGACCAGAGAGGGGGAGAAGGAAACACAGGGGAAGACAAAUGGGGAAGGAGAGGGAAGGAAAGACAUAAAUGAAAAGGGGGGAAAGUGUGAGUUUGAAAAAGAGAGAAUGAAUGUCAGUAGUGAUGAGGACACACACGCAGAUGGCGCAUUGGAUGGGGAGAGGGAAGGGAUGAGAGAGGAAGGAUGUGUUCAUUUGAAGGUUUACACACCUGAAGACACUGGACAUGAGAAGAAGAUGAAAGAGGAGGAGAGGAUGAAGGAGGAGGCAACGCACCCUCAACGAGCUGGACGACUGGCAAACGGCAUAGGUGGGAAUGACAAUGAUGAUGACGUGGGUGAUGAGGAUGAGGGAGAAGAUGAGAGUCGCAUACAUUUGGACACUUUCAGCUCAAACUUUGAGACAACAGUGGAAAAGGCCGAAACAGAAGUAGAGGAAGAAGAAGAAGACAUCCAGAAAGAGAGAGAAGCAACAGAAAACCAAGACAGCUUCAGCUAUGUUUUUGAACAGAUUGUUGAGCAGGUUGAUGUGCAGGAGGAUGAUGAGGAGGAAGAGGAACAAGGAUUGGAGGAAGAGGGUGAAAAAGGUAGGGUUGACAACAAAGACGGCUUUAGUUCAACCUUUGAGCGCAUUGUUGAGUCUGCCCUGCUGAGGGGAGGGACCUGCUACAGCAGCCUGGACUCUUUGGACGUUCUGUCACUCACAGAUGAGACAGACAGCUGUGUAAGCUUUGAGGCACCAUUAACACCUCUAAUCCAACAGAGGGCACUGUUACAGGGACCUGAACCCCUUGAGCUGGAGCUGGCAACAGUUCAGGAGCAAGAUGGGGCUGAGGUUGGACCAGAGUCCUCAGGUAGUGAACUGACAGUUGGAGAGAGCAUUGCUGGAGGAGCUGGAGCUGGAGUAGGUGGAAGCCCACUGAGAACCACGAUACCAGGGAGCAGGUCUGAGUUUGUACUGAGCCAGCCUGGGCGCUGGGCCAUUCCUAAUGGAUAUCAUACAGAUUCCCAGGUACCCACUGAUGGCUGCGGGGCCUUAAUGAACUCUUACAGUGAUGCCAACAUCGCAGACGUGCUGUCUGACUCAGAGGAGUGUGAUCUGGGCAGUCUGGAGCAUUUGGAGCGGGGAAGCACUGACACACUGGCCAAUGGCUGCCGUGCUGAUAGUGAGGCAGCCAAAAGGUUGGCAAAGCGUCUGUAUCACCUGGAGGGUUUCAAACGCUGUGAUGUGGCCAGACACCUGGGCAAGAAUAACGAGUUCAGCCAAUUGGUGGCAUCUGAAUAUUUGAGCUUUUUUGAUUUCUCUGGCCUCUCGCUGGAUCGAGCCCUGAGAAACUUCUUAAAAGCCUUUCCACUUAUGGGAGAGACCCAGGAGAGAGAGAGGGUCCUUGUACAUUUCUCCAGACGCUUCUGCCACUGCAACCCUCAGACACCUACCUCUGAAGAUGGUGCCCACACAUUGACUUGUGCCCUCAUGCUGCUCAACACUGAUCUACAUGGGCAUAAUAUUGGAAAGAAGAUGUCUUGCCAGCAGUUUAUCAGUAAUCUAGAUGGCCUCAACAAUGGCAAAGACUUCCCUAAAGACUUAUUAAAGGUCUUGUAUAACUCAAUCAAGAAUGAAAAGCUAGAAUGGGCCGUUGAGGAGGAGGAGCUGAGGAAGAGUCUAUCAGAGCUGGUAGAGGAGCAGUGUGAGGGUGGAAGUAAGCGUGUUGCCAGGGUAACAGACGGCAGUAACCCUUUCAUUGCCAUUCCCAUUCUAUUGAAUGCUGUCACCUACAAACAUGGGGUACUGACCCGCAAGAGCCAUGCUGAAAUGGAUGGCAAACGCACCCCAAGGGGCCGCCGUGGUUGGAAGAAGUUCUAUGCAGUUUUAAAGGGGAUGAUCUUGUAUCUUCAGAAGGAUGAGUAUAAGCCUGAUGCUGACAUUUCAGAGGUGGAUCUUAAGAAUGCAGUGCGGAUCCACCAUGCUUUAGCAACUCCAGCCACAGACUACAGCAAGAGAGCCAACGUUCUUAAGCUCAAAACUUCAGACUGGAGAGUUUUCCUGCUGCAGGCAUCUGGUGAGGAGGAAAUGAUGUCUUGGAUCUUCAGGAUAAACCUGGUGGCAGCACUGUUCUCUGCUCCAGCCUUUCCUGCUGCAAUUGGCUCCAUGAAGAAGUUCUGUCGCCCCAUUUUACCAUCCUCAUCCACCCGAUUUAAUCAAGAAGAGCAGCUGCUGAGUCAUGAGAGCAAGCUGAAGCAGAUGAGCCUGGAGUUGGAGGAGCACCGGAAAAACUCGCCCUCAGCUGACCCUAAAAGCCGCGAGUGGGAGGAGUUUCGGCUUAAAGAGCACUACCUCACAUACGAGAAGACUCGGUAUGAAACAUAUAUCAGCCUCCUGCAGGCAAAGAUCCGUGCAGAAUCAGAUGACCUUGAGAAGAUAGAGGCCAGCGUGAUGGGUUGCCUCAUCGUGAAGGGUGGCCUGGCAGGCUGUGAGUGCCAACUCCGCAAGACACAGUCCUCUCCAUCCAUCAGUCAGGCUCAUGGUGGGCUGAAUGGGAAGUCAGCUGCCCCAGGACAGAGGAGCUGAAAAAAGGAAGGACUAGAGAUCAUAAACAAAAAACAACAUCUCUUAAAACCAAAAUACCUAAUCAUUCAACUUCUGUUUUCAAUUGCUUUCUAUUUUCUCCAUACCUUCUGUUUGAGGAACAGAAUGUGCAGCAAUAAGGGAAAUUUUCAUCACUGUCCUUCCUGGAUUUUUUUAACCCUGGUUAGGAUAUGCUGCUGUCUUUAAGCAAUAGAAAAAGAUGAAGACUGGUUGUUUAAUACCCAAGUGACCCUGCCAAACCUCAUUUCUUUCAUUUUUUAGUAUUGAACAUUGAAAUAAUCAUAGCUGUGACCAUAUUUAUGAAAAUAUUGUCAGUAUUAUUUUGAAAUAGAGCAAUGCAGUACAUUUAUUUGAAAUAUGUAACCCGUUAUGAGCUGCAUAAUUGAAAUGUUACUAUUUUAAGGCCAGAUGGAGUAAAAAGUGAGACAGGUGCUUUGCCUUUGAGCUCUCCGUCCUGUUCUCAUCCUGCAAUCCAUGAGUCAGACAGUCUCAGAUAAAGACGGUUCUACUGUAGCAUUCUGGCCUAUAUUUCUCUCUUGAUUGUGCACUUAGCCAAUUACAGGUGUGUGUAUAAGGACCUACAGAAUGGGUGGAGUGUGAUGCAUAAGGUUAUGACAUAUCUGUUACAGUUAUACAACUGAUAAAAACUCAGAAGGACCAAGUUUCCUGCCAGGUAUAGCAUAUUUAUUUAUUUAUUUAUUUAUUUAUGUUUGUUGGUUUGUUUGUUUGUUUGUUUGUUUGUUCGAGCCUCACACCCCAAGGCAUACAUGGAGCAUGCUUGCUCUUUUAACAUCUCUUCCUGAAAUUUUAUUCAGAUUCAUACAUAUGUUAUUGCAAAAGAGCUGCUAAGUGCAUCAACCGUUGGUUUUAAACCAUUCAGCAUGAUGUUUCAUCUGAGGAACGAGAAGUUGAGUGGCCUCAUUUGAAGGCACCUCAGCAGCACUUGAGGGAAGAUUUGAGUGUUAAUCACUUAACAGAGGGAUCACAACUCUGUUCAUGUGUUUUUAAGCUGUCUGUACUCCUAAUACUCAUAUGUAUACAAUUACUAUUGUACUACUCAAAACUGAACUGAAAAGAAUAAUGGUAUGUGGCAAACUGAAUUAAUUUAUCCAUGUUUUAUCAAACAAAUGUCCAUGUCAUGACACAAGGCAUCAAGUUGGUUGAGGGUUGCAUCAUAUAGAUUGGCUUGAGAUGCCUAAAGAAUAAAAAUAAGAGUCUAAAGAGGAAAAGAGGGAACUGGACAUACUCUGAGUGGGUCAGAUAUUUGUUUGCACUUACAUAGGUCUGAAUGGCAUGUUCUUUUACUGUUGUUCCUGAUGGGAUUUUGAAGCUGUAGGCAGCAUAAAGGAAUUACAGUAAAGUCAGAAUUUUUCAGUUUAACAAACAAUACUAUUGUCUUCUGUUGAAUAACACUGCCGUCACAAUCAGGCCUGGAUCCCUCAAAAUGCAUUUUGAACACUUAAGCAGCCAUUAUCCUUCUAACAAAAUAUUUGCAUUUUAUCUCGUACACAGAUCCGAUAUACCUUGAUCUGAUUUAGAAGAUACUAGAAGUAGUAAACCUAGAUUGUUUUGCCUCAUAUUAGUUAUUUACUAGUGUUGGUAAAUAGAGGUGAAGAGACAUUUGCGAAGCUGGUCCUAAUUUCUCUAAAUCUUACAGUGGCUAAUGGGAUUUUAUCAAUAGGACAGUUUCAGGUUUACAUGUUGAACAAUUUAUUUUCACUGAAGAAGGACUUGUGUAAUAUGAGGACAAGGGAAUGUGGUGGAAGGGGUGAUGGUACUGUCAUUAGUGAGCACCUUAAACUGUUCUAACUCAACUACAAAUACACACACGCACCAACACCUCCUAUCUUUCUAUGUAAUUUGCUAAAGACACAACUGUAGACCAGUUAGUUUUCUGCCCCUUCAGCCUUGGUGUGGUUCAGAAGCAUGUCUACAUAAAUGGAGCAGUGGAUACGUACGUUUUAAACUGUAACAUCACCAGUUUUUGGCACAGCAAUUCUACUGCUUCUUUUAAUGUAUAUAUCCUCUCUGAUUGGACCUGGGAUCUUUUUUGGACUUAGCUGGAAACCUUGGUCACAGCUGGAAUCCUGGAACUGAAUUCUUGUCCUGACCAAAUUGCAGAGGGGGAGUUGAGUUUUAUAAAGCUGUUCUGUUAUGAUGAUGUCAUCAGGGGAGACUUUCCCCUGAUGGUCACUUUGGCUGUAGUGAUUUCCAUAGUUUCCCAAUGUUCUAGGCUAGGCCUUUGCUGUAAUUUUGGACAUGGACAAAAUAUUUGUUGUUAUGUUUUAGUUUAAAAAAGAGAAAACUGUGGCACUUUGCUGUCAGCAUUGCUCCUGUCUUUUUGUUUGUAUAGUUGAACUUUUUGACAGGAUGUUUAUGCUCUGUAAAUGGCAUUUACUGAAUAUUAAGUCUGUGCUUCAUAAAGUAAACUUUUAUACCGGCAAUUGUGGUUAUUAUUUAAAUUUUCUGGGUUUGAACAUUGUGUAAAUAAGUAUUAAUUUCUAUUAUGUAUGUAAAUGGUGUGUGUGUGUGUAUAUCAUACGGUGUGAUGUGAGCAUUUUUGAGUAUAAAAUGUAAACACUGUCAACAUUUCUUAUUUGACUCAUUUUGCUAUCGUUUACCAUUACUAUCUUUAGACACAGCAUUUCACUUUUCUAAUUCAUUUCAUUUGUCUUUUGAUUUU